AUGUUUAGUGAACAUAAGAAGAAACACGAAGAGGCGAAGAGAAACGACAAGAAUGGAGAGUUGAUUUUCGAUGAUUUGGAGUCGCAAACUCGUUCGAUGAGACUCUCGGACGACGGGAAAAAAGAAAAAAGUGAGUUAUUAAACCGAAGGAAAAGUAAAACGAUCAAUCUAUCAGAAUACAUGUCCGAGAUGGAGACGAAGAAUCCAAAGAGAAAGUCGAUCAAGAAGAGUGAUCAAAAACCGUCGACAAUGUCUCUCAACGUAGGAAAAAGUGGAAUGGAUAAGGGAAAAGAAGCUGUUUCAUCGCAACGGAGCAAUAGUUUGGAGUCGCCUGGGCUUGCUGGAACUCCAGGACAAUCCAACUUGGGUCUGGGAAUAUUCGAAGCGGCGACGAUGAUGUGCAAUAUUGUUGACAUCACCACUGACUCGACUACGAUGACAUUCAAAAAUGAUAAGACGAAGACAUUGAAAUCGAAAGAAAGCAAGACAUCACUCGGAUCGGCAAGUGGUCCAUUCUCUCAAAUGAAAGAAGCUCAGGAGAUGAAGAAAAAGAGCAAGAACAGCUUCGAAGAUGAUGAUUGA